AUGGCGGGCAUCGAGCAGCUCGAGAUUCACAGCAAGUCCUACAUUGUGCGAUGGGUCAAGGUUGAUGAAGGCCACACGAUAUCAUGGAGUCUUCAACCACACAAGAAGUCCAUCAACUUCGCCAUCGUCAAGCACCCAGGAUCUGGCGGCACAGCUGCCGGCUCCCAGACCUUCGAGGCCACGGCCACCCCCGAACACCCAGCCACCGAGGCCGCUGUGUCCGAUGCGAAAUCAGGCCUGUUCAGGAGAGAUGCCAGCACAGCGCAAGAUCAGCUUGCCAAGAAGGGCUUUAUCCCCAUCCAGUGGCACGGCAAAUGCGAGGCCGACAAAGUUACAGUGGGCACAUACGACGUUACCAGUGCUGGCAUGUACGGUCUCGUCUUCGACAACACCUUCUCCAAGCAGACGUCCAAGACGGCCACGUUUGUUCUGCUUACCUACCCCACCGGCGCCCCGCCCCAGACUGCCCACCAUCUGCCUACCGUACAAGCUGGGGCCGGCUCUAACGCCAGCAGAACGAGCUUGGGAGCAGGCACUACUCCCCGACUGGGCGCCGCCAAUUCCGACUCGGUCGAUAGUCUGCCCAGCAAUGAGACCGCCGGGCGUGGCCGUGCUGCCUCGAAUGCGAGAAGUGAGGGCGGAUUUGUACCGGGCGCAACCUACCACGUCGGUGUGCUUCUCAAGAGACGUCGCAAGAAGGGCCAAGGUUUUGCUAGGCGCUUCUUCUCCCUCGACUUUACGACUUGCACGCUAUCCUACUACCACAACCGCAACUCGUCUGCCCUGCGAGGAGCUAUCCCCCUGAGCUUGGCCGCCAUUGCCGCUGACGAAAGACGGCGCGAGAUUACCAUUGAUUCUGGUGCCGAGAUUUGGCACUUGAAGGCGUCUGGUCCCAAGGACUUCAACGACUGGGCCAAGGCCUUGGAAAAGGCCAGUCGUAUUGCUCGCGGUCUAGAGACCCUCAACAACGGCGCAUCCCUUGGUGUUGACAGACCGGCUUCGCGGCCGUCCACCAGCGUACCCAGCGCACAGCAGGAGGACGAAAGAGAAUGGGCGCAGGUCGAGUCCUUGGUUAGCAGGGUUGCAGGAACAAGAGAUGCUCUCAGGCGCCUGGUCAAGGAUAUGGCUGCCGAGAAGCAGGCGCCUGGUGCUAGUCAGGCCUCGUUGCUCUCCCCUAACACGCCAGCGAUUGCGGAGGACUCUGAGACCUACUUCACUCCCUCGACGGAGUCGCGCAGGCCGUUUUGGAAGCGCAAGACCAGCAAUGCUUCGCCGGGCGCGCAACCAGGCGUUCAGGCAACGACUGGAGCUGCUCUGGCGGUGCCAUCGCCAGCCAGUGCGGCGGCCGUUGCGGAGGAGCGGAACCCAUACGAUAACUGCGCGGCUCUUCUGAAUGAUUUGGAUUCUGUGGUGGUUGAGUUUUCGCAGCUGCUGUCUAAGAAUAAGCGCCGAAGACUCCCUUCGCAAAUGAUGCCGCCUAACAUGAUGCCUGCGGCUUCCAGAAAGAGUUACGAGUCUACAGCGUCUACUAUUGAUGAGUUCUUUGAUGCCGAGGCUGGUGAGCAGGGCGGCGCGGGACAGAACCAGGUUAUGAUCAUUCGUCAGAGCGAAGAGGACAUGCCCGGCUCAGAUGCGGAGGAGGUCGAUAUCCACGACUCCUCAUCAGUCUCUUCUGUCGAGGAAGAGGAGGAGUUUGAAGGCGUCGGUACAGAAAACCAUGACAGUCUGUUCCCCGUUAAGCCCAAGUCUCUUGCGCCACUGCCUAUCACAGACACGGUUACCAGACGCACGACGAUUCCGGCCGCCAAAGUGCCUCCUCCCAGUCUCAUCGCGUUCGUCCGCAAGAACGUGGGUAAAGAUCUUAGUACGAUCAGUAUGCCCGUUUCUGCGAACGAGCCUUUGUCACUGUGCCAGCGUAUGGCGGAACAGCUUGAAUACGGCCAGCUUCUCACGGAGGCUGCCAAGAAAACUGACGCGAACGAGCGUCUUCUGUACGUUACGGCCUUUGCUGUCUCCCAGUUCAGCAACGGUCGCGCCAAGGAGCGUGCUACGCGCAAGCCCUUCAACCCUCUGUUGGGUGAGACGUUCGAAUUGGUGCGCUCCGAGAACGAAGUGCCUGGCGGGUUUAGAGUGCUGGUCGAGAAAAUCUGCCAUCGCCCUGUCCGCCUCGCCGUACAAGCCGACAGUGCUCUGUGGUCUUUCUCCCAGUCGCCGGCUCCUUCGCAGAAGUUCUGGGGUAAGAGUGCCGAAAUCACUACCGAGGGCCGUGUGCGGGUCAGUCUGCAUCUCCCCGACGGCACCGACGAGCUCUACAGCUGGCACAUUGCCACCGUCUUCCUCCGCAACGUUGUCUACGGCGAGAAGUACGUCGAGCCCGUCGGCAACAUGAACGUUAACAACGAGACUUCGGGCGCCAAGGCUGUCGUCGAGUUCCGUUCGGCUAAGGGCAUGUUCGGUGGCCGAGGUGAAGAGGUCCACGUCGAGACGUUUGGUCCCGACGGGUCCAACACGGGCCAGGCGCUCACGGGCAAUUGGACGAGCAGUCUCAAGACUGCCCCUGGAGGCAAGGAGAUCUGGAAGGCGGGCAGCCUCGUUCCCAACGCGGCGAAUACUUAUGGCUUUACGACCUUUGCCGCGUCGCUGAAUGAAAUUACACCCUUGGAGAAGGACAAGCUGCCGCCCACGGAUAGCAGGUUGCGUCCCGAUCAGCGGUUCCACGAGCUAGGAGAUUUGGACUCUGCUGAAGAGUGGAAGGUCAAGUUGGAGGAGGCGCAGAGAGUGCGCAGAAAGCAGAUGGAGGAGAGAGGAGAGGAGUAUAAGCCGAAAUGGUUCGUCAAGGUGGCUACGGGCCAGGACGGCGAGGAGGUGUGGAAGUUGAAGGGCGGGAAGGAGGGGUAUUGGGAGGAAAGGGCGAAGAGUGGUGGGCAGUGGACGGGGGUGCUGGAUAUCUUUUCGGGAUCGACUCUUCGCGCCCUCCACAGCCAAGCGCCGUCGCUUCCCGACCAGUCUCAACCUACCGACGCCGAGUUGGAGGCCAACGAUGUGCGCCGGCGGCAGCACACUACUACUGAGGUACACGACUCUGGCGAAAACCCCGCCCCCGCCGCCCAAACACCAACAGAACCAUCACGAGCAUCACCACCACCACCACUACCCCGAGAAGAAGCUCAGGAACAAGCUCAAACACAGGCCCGGGACGUCCAGGAUAAGCAGGAUGGUUUAUCUCCGGUCAAAAAGGCCAAACCGGCCAAACCUAAACGAGGUCGAGGCUCUGGCCUGGUCAACCGUUUGGCCAAGGUUCCUGUCCGCGCCCAUCCGGUGCUCGAAUCCGUCUUCGUCAGACCCGUCACCGAAUAUCCCGACCAGUACGAGACACGAGGGAGCGUAAGGACGCACAUGAAGGAUAACCACCGUCAAAAGAUGGUCAUGGGAACGAGGGUACCUACCAAUCGAACGGACUGGCGCGCCGUUCUUCGUAAUCUCCUUCAAUCGACACCCAUGUACCUCCCCGAGCAGUUCGCCGACAACGUCAAGGUCAUCAUACCCCGCGAGACGGCGCCCCGGCUCUUGUCCGACAGCGAGUACAGUGUGUGGGAUAUUAAGUCUCGGACCAACUGCGGGAUGGUACUAUACAGGGCUGGGGACGCCGGUUAUGAGGAAGGGACUGAGGACCAGCACCCGUACCUGAUCAUCUGGGGCCAUCACCACUCGGUCAACACCGCCAUUGACGAGAUUUUGGGCGUGACAAGGAAGGUCACCAUCAUCUCCCGAACCGAAGGCACGGAGAAGGUACUAUGGAACGGCAAAGGGGACGGCAAAGACUUCUUCCUCCGUGCGCCCAUCGUGUUCGUUUCCGCCCACCGCACACCCUCUCAGCUGGCGCCUUACCACGUGAACAUCCGCGCCGACGAGUUUCCCAAACCCGAGGAAUGGACCCGCAAGACCUUUGAGGAAUACGUCGACGCCCUGAUCAAAUCCCGCAUGCCCUCCGCCCUGGCCUCCAAGCUCUACCCCGAACACGGCCGGCACGAAAUGGCCGUCAUCGAACAGCUUGUCGCUGUCUUCAACGACGAAGUCGCCGCCCAGUUCGUUACCAACGCGGCCUUCAAGAUGGCUCUGCACUAUAUGACCCGCGGCGGCGAGACCUGGCGUCCCGAGGUGCUCUCCAUGUUCAACUACGCCCAGAGCGGACGCGUGCGACUGGACGUCGGAGUCUUCAACAUCCUCGCCGAAGCGGCCGUCAAGACCCGCUCGUUGUAUCGCUUUAGCGCAGUUUUGUACCUGUUGGUCACGCGCGGGUACCAGCCCAACCUGCGCACCUGGAUUUUGUUCCUCCGCAUGUUCGAAGCCGAAGAGGUCAAGCGCUACGUUUUGCAAGCCAUGCACGACAGGGGGCUGUUCAACGCCCGCGGAGCGCUGCGCAUGGUCGCCGACGAGAUGGCGCCCCACGAUGCGUACCGCGCCGUUCAGCUGGGUUGGGACGUGCCCACCUUCCUGGCCAAGCAGGACGAACUCUACGGCGCCAACAGGAAAUGGGUCUCCAUUGACGCGCUCAACAAGAUCUUCCACGUGUUUGGUUCCUACUCAAUGUUCGCCGAGAUCCGGCAGUUGCUCGAUCUAGUCUUCGCCGGCAAGCUGAUUGCGUACCCGGAUCACGUCACGGUCAAUACCAUUCUUGCGCACUGCAAGGCGCAGAAGAAGCUGGAUUUGGCUGUCGAGUUCAUCCAGCUGUUUGAGAGUCACCGCGCCAAAAACAACGAAACACCGCUGAAGUUGGAUAACUUGGCCUGCGACAUACUCUUUGACCUGGCUCACUGGCAAAAGAAGCCGCAUGUGCUCAGCACAAUCUGGCGGUAUGCCCAUCUGGUGAACUCUACAACCUUCGAUAUGCGACAGAAGGGGACUAUUCUGUUGAAGAUGGACGCGACGAAACUAAAGGAGGAGAAGUCGGUGAGGAGACUCAAACUAGGGGAUGAAGAGAGGGUGCAGUUUGUGAGAAACCUCUUACUGGGCGAGUUUAUCCAGGCGAAUGGUGGCGACGAGGUGUUUGGGAAGAUUAUUGCUGGUAUUGCCAAGGGAGAUCAGGAACACCAGCGAGAAAUGGAAGAGAUAGUCGAACAGGAAGAGGAUGAUGAUGACCGAAUACAGUCCACGUUAGGGGAUUGGUUCCAAUCUCAGUCCCUCCUGGACUCCUCCAGCCCGACAAUACCCCCAUCAUCAUCAUCAUCAUCAUCAUCAUCAUCAUCAGCAUCAUCAUCAGCAUCAUCAUCAGCAUCAUCAUCAGCAUCAUCAUCAGCAUCAUCAUCAGCAUCAUUACCUGCCUCUUCCUCCAACCCCGACCACAACCGCAGCAGCAUCCCUCAACCCCAAUCACAAUCCUCCAAUGAACCAGAAUCAACAACAUGGGGCAACAUCUACGGCUCCUUCCGAUCCUGGUCCUUCGCCUCCAAAUACCUCUACCUCGAACCCUCCGCACCCAUCGGUUCCCUCCUCCAACAAGCCCUCGACCGCGAUCGCGAGCUUCACUUGGCCCUCCGGACAGAUGGGCUCGAUAGGCAUGCAAUUGAAGAGCUAAUGAAGCCGGUCGAAAUCCCGACAAAGUUAAGAACCAAACCGGCAUUCGAGGAGGUGAAGAAGUUAUUUGAAAGAGAGGGAGAGGUAACAAAGAGGGCGGUUAAGAAGGGUGGGGUAAAAGAAGGGGAUCGAGAUGGAGAUGAAGAGGUGCAAGAAGCGAUGGCGCUUGGACCGGUGGAUGGGCAGGCGUUGGAUAACUGGUUGAAUGGUGGUGGUAGUGGUGAUGAGGUUGCUCCUGCUGAGAAGAACGCCCAUGUUGACGAGACGGCGGCGGCGGCUAAGCCCCAGCCUAGUUCUCUUCCGGACGAGUCGAAGAAGGUUGUCGAUACUAGGGGGUCACCAGAAAACAAAGUAAAAGAAGAAGAAGCUCAUAAGAGGGCUGAAAAGGCGACAACGACGACGACAAGCAAAUGCAAGACAUCACCACCAGCGCCAGCAUUAGCACCAGCACCAGCACCAACACAACCGACCACAUCACCACCAUCAACAAAGACACCCACAAAACCACCAACCAAAGAGAGAAAGACAAAAGAAGAAGAAGCCAGUCUUAAACUACGAUUUCCGUCGUCAUCAUCGUCAGGGAAGCGAGUCAAGUGGGAGGAUCUAGCAGAUCUGUAG